GUUAAAUCCUCGUUUCAUGAGGUAAAAAGAUCGUAAAUGACGUGAGAUAAGAGGAAAUUUGACAGCACCUGUCACUGCUGUCAUGUGGACUGUGUGUUGGUUUCUUUUUCGUGAAUCUCGAAAAGAAAGUAAAUAAUUGGUUGACUCCUUGUAAAGCGCUGGAAGGCAUUUAUGCCGUUAAAUCGUCUAACAACAACAUAACCUCAGAACAACGAUAAGAUGUUGCGAAUUGCUUGUGCAGUUGCCUACCGAGCGGUGAGCACACAAUGGAUUCAGAAAUCGCUAUCGACAAUGACAAAACCGGUCAAUGGGGUAUUGUCUUGUGAAAAGUAUCUGACAUCCAGCUUCCACACGCUAACAAAGGCUCCGCUUGCCCUAUCCACCAAUCCGGCAAUCAUCAAUCUCUCGAAUAAUCUUGUCCAACAUCAACAAACGCGAAAUGUUAUCAAAUUUUCGCUACAAAAGGGCAAGCGGAAAACGGUUAAAGCCGUCCUCAAACGAUUCAAGCGGCUUGAUUGGGGCGGUUGGAUAAGGACUCGAUCGGGCCGACACAAGAAACUGUGGCGCAAAUCUCCUUCACUACGGAACCGGCUGAAGCAACAUGUUUUAUUGAAUGCCACACAGUCAUGGCUGUUGGACAAAAUGGUCACGAGAUUUUGGCGACGGCCCAAGUAUUACAUAAACGAUCCGUACGCACCGUAUCACAAGCGCGAAAGUUAUCAUACAACGCGUAGGAGACCAGUUCAAUGGUGAAAUUUGGCGGAAUUAGUAACGAAAUAAAACAGUGGAAUGAUCAUCAUCAA